GAUUAUAAACUCCAACUCCAACCCCACUUUUUCUUCUCGCCUUCCUCACUUCGUCUGUUAGUUCGACGGGAAACUACAAACUAAUCGUCUUCUCGCCGGAAUUUCUUUUACCUCCCAUUUUCAGGCGAUCUCCGGUUAGGCUCGAUCGGCUCUUUCCAUGGAAACUCGCGUAUGCAUAUAUUCCUUCUUCAUUAUUCUCUGAUCACUUUUAAUUUUCUCUCUUUUCACACGAAGAACUGAGAAAUUAAAGAAAAAAAUAUCUGCAACCGCUGUUCGGUUACAGAGAAAUCUCCAGAAACGAACAAUCAUUAUUUGCUCGCACACGCAACUAUAUAUAUAUAUAUAGAGAGAGAGAGAUAGAGAGAUAGAGAGAGAGGGAGAGCGAGAAAGAAAAGAGAUGUUGGAUCUGAAUCUGGAAGCUGUGCCGGGGUCGGACUCUGCUGAAAUAACCGUCGCCUCCGCAAUCGUCGGCGGAGAUUCCGGAACUUCCGUAACCGCCUCAUCCUCCGAUGAGUCUAACACCUCGUCUCACACUCUCGCUCACGGCGGCUGCAAUUCUCUCUGCACUCUCAAUUUCUCCAUUCUGAAGAGCGAUGCCGAUCAGGCGAUCGAAGCUGAAGAGGACUGCAAUGGGGACCACUCGGCGGUUACGGAUCAGCUUGUUCCCGUGGCCGGACAAUCGUUUCCUUCGACCUUGGAGCCGCAGGCGCCGGCGCCGCUAUCGCAGAGCUGGUUGAACCUAUCCGUGAUGGAGUCCGGUUGCAACUCACCGCGGAUGCCGCAGCCGCACCAGCCAGCCGUGAAGAAACCCCGGCGUGGGCCCCGUUCCCGGAGCUCCCAGUAUCGCGGCGUGACGUUUUACCGGCGUACUGGAAGAUGGGAAUCGCAUAUCUGGGAUUGUGGGAAACAAAUUUAUCUGGGAGGAUUUGAUACAGCUCAUUUUGCAGCCAGGGCAUAUGAUCGAGCAGCACUUAAGUUCCGGGGAGUUGAUGCUGACAUCAAUUUUCAAAUAAGCGAUUAUGAAGAAGAUAUGAAACAGACGAAGAACCUGACAAAAGAAGAAUUUGUUCAGACGCUUCGUCGCCAGAGUACUGGUUUUUACAAGAGAACCUCGAGAUACAGAGGAGUAACUCUUCACAAGUGUGGCCGAUGGGACGCCCAGAUAGGCCAAUUCCUAGGGGAUAGGACUUAUGACAAAGAAGCUAUCAAAUGUAACCAACACAGGGAUGCAGGUGGUGGCGAUGGUCUUGACCCGAACCAUUGGAUUUCUGCACCUCUGGGUGAUCUAAAGGGACCUGAUAACACCAGAAAGUUGGAGUUCAAUUUUGGAGUUUGCCAAACUCCUGUUCUGAAACAAGUGAAUGUACUCUUUACCAAUGCAUAUCCUUCGCGAUUCUCUCAUGACAGUUCCUAUAUCGCGGUUGAUAGCUCUCCUACCACGCCUCAUGCUCCAGCAAUGGCGUCUAAGUAUUCCAUAUGGACUAUCCCUAGCACGCAUCAUCCUGGGAGUAUUUCAAACACUCAGGAGCGACCAAUGGGAACGAGAGCUGAAAAACUGGCUGCAGCUCCAGCAUUCUCAGAUUGGCAAUGGAAAAUGCAAAGCCAGGGUGUGGUCACUUCUUCAGUGCCACUCUAUUCUUCUGCGGCAUCAUCAGGAUUCUCAUCAACUACCACUCCACAUAGACAUCCCUAAAGCCAUCAUGCAGUUCAUCUGAUCUGUAGUUCUGGAGCUGAAAGGUUUAGCAACCUGCAACUUCAAAUGCAGCAUUCUUUUUGUAUUGUGUUGAUCAUACAUAUAGUGGUUGUAUAAAGUCUAUAUUGGAAUAAGUCGGUCACAUAUGAGUAACCUAGACUAAUUUACUUCAUUGUGAUUUAUAAGGCAGGCUCACCCAUAAAACAAUUUCAAUUCGGGUAGCAGUUAUGAUUUUUCUUGUAAAUCAAGAUUUGUAUUGGAAUACAUAACACAUGAUGCUGUAUAGGCUGGUGGUAUGAGUAACAUCAUAUCCUUAACAAAUUUCAUGUUAUGGUAUGA